UUAUCAAAAUCUCCAAAGCAAUCCUCGAGUCAAUCACUGGCUUCCCUUGCAAUCUAACAAAUUUAAAUCAAAUUCAGAUUGAACUGCGAGAGCAGGUACGUGACAAAAAUUUUUUGCUUGUAUUAGAUGAUGUGUGGAGUAAGGAUUAUGGUUUGUGGGAAAUCCUCAAGUCUCCUUUCAUGGUUGGAGCAUCGGGGAGUAGAAUAAUCAUAACAACACGUAUUGAAGAUGUUGCAUUAACAAUGGGACAUGUUAAACCACAUAAUUUGGGGCUUCUUUCAGGAGAUGAUUGUUGGGCCAUAUUCGAGAAGCAUGCAUUUCAGAAUACAAAAUUUUGUCCACAUCAAACUUCAAACUUCAUUCGUAAAAAAGUUGUUGAAAUUUGCAAAGGCUUACCCUUGGCUGCUAGAACUCUUGGUGGUCUUCUACGCUGUAAACAGAGAGAAAGUGAGUGGGAAGAUAUAUUAAACAGUAAUUUAUGGGAUCUGCAAGAUAAUACAGAGAUUCUUGCUGUGUUAAAAUUAAGUUACAACCAUCUUCCUUCCCAUUUGAAAAGAUGUUUCGCUUAUUGUGCAAUUUUUCCAAAGGAUUAUGAAUUUACAGAGAAGGAGCUUGUCUUUUUAUGGAUGGCAGAAGGUCUUAUUCAACCAUCAAAAGUCAAGGAGGAACAGGAAGAUGCAGGUACUGUGUAUUUUCAAGAUCUAUUGGCAAGAUCAAUUUUUCAAGAAUCAGGUAGUAGAUGUAGUUCUAAAUAUAUCAUGCACGAUCUUGUUAAUGAUCUUGCACAAUGGGCUUCUGGAGAAACAAGUUUUUGUUUACAAGAUAAAUCAAAAGUCAAUGUCCAAUCUGAAAGGCUCAAAACGGUUCGCUAUUUGUCUUACACUUGUAGUAUGUCUAAUUACAUAAAUAAAUUUGAAGUACUCCAUGAAGCUACGAACUUAAGGACUUUUCUCCCAAAACUUCUUGACACUGACAACACAACUAUUAUAGUUUCAUCGGAGUUGUUAUCGAAGUUCAAAAAAUUAAGGGCGUUGUUUUUAAGUAAUCAUAAUGUUACCGAGCUACCGGAUUUAAUUGGAGAUCUAAGACAUUUGAGGUAUAUCAACCUUUCUGGCAACAAGAUCUCAAGUUUACCGAAGUCAAUAAACUUAUUAUUGAACUUACAAAUUUUAAUAUUAAGAUGGUGUUCUAACAUCAAGAAGUUACCUUCCAUGGGAAAUUUGAUCAAUUUACGCCAUCUUGAUCUUGAAAUGGUAAAGCUGAUGGAGAUGCCAAGGGGAAUGGAAAGUUGGAAGAAUCUGCAAACUUUGUCUGAUUUUUUUGUUGGCAAAGGCUCUGGAUCAAGCUUGAAAGUUUUAAGAAACUUAAAGUUUCUUUGUGGAAAGCUUCGCAUUUUAGAAUUAAAAAAUGUUACUACUGGUUUAAAAGAAGAAAUAUUAAGUAAUAAGGAGAGGCUGGAUGAGUUAUGGCUGAAAUGGGGAUAUGGUCAUGAAGAUUCACGAAGUGAGGAAGUUGAGAAAAAUGUGUUGGAUAUGUUACGACCUCACAAAAAUCUGAAAGAGCUUAGUAUUGAAGGUUAUGGUGGCACACAAUUUCCAACUUGGCUUGGAGAUUUGUCAUUUUCCUUGACGUCAUUGGAGAAACUUAAGAUUUGUGAAUGUCAGAAAUUGCAGUUUUUGUUUGAAGAUAGAGAAGAAAUUGACACUUCCUCUUCUUUAGUGAUGCACAGAGGGAAUAUUGACAACACUAGCACCUCUCUUCUUAAGCACUUGUCUAUCUCCUUCUGCUCAUCUCUUAUGUGUUUAUCCCCAAAAGGUCAGUUACCAAAGACUUUCAAGCACCUUGAAUGUUUAAAAAUCAAAGGUUGUGAUUCUUUGAUAUGCAUUGUAAGGGGUCAACUACCUUCAUCUCUGAAACAACUGUCAGUGGAAAAUUGUGAGAAUCUGCAGUGUUUACUGGAUGAUAGAGAAGAUGGUGGGAUACCUUUUUCAUCUUCAGUGAUGCACAUGGAGGAUAUUGACAGCACCAACAUAUCUCAGCUCGAGGACUUGAAUAUCUCAAGCUGCUUAUCCAUCACAUGUUUGUCAUUGAAAGGUCAGUUACCUACUACACUUAAGCACCUAUGCAUCAGCGAUUGCCCAAGUCUCUCUACUUUGUCAUCAAUGGGUCAGUUACCUGUCCUCAAAAAGAUUGAGGUCUGGUUUUGCUCGGAACUUAAAAUAUUAUUCUUACAAGAUCAGUUACCUGGAGCGCUUGAAUACCUUUGCAUUUGGCGUUGUUCAAAGUUAGAGCUAAUAGCUGAGAGGUUGCAUGACAACAGAUCUCUCAAAGAUAUUUUUAUUUGUGAUUGUGAAAAUCUUAAAUCUAUGCCUGAUGGUCUCGACAGCCGCAGGAUUUCAAUUAUUAAUUGUCCAAAUCUUGUUUCCUUUUCGGGAGGAAGGCUUUCCAACAGCACCCUGGAAGUUUCAAUAGAUACAAAUGGGAAACUUGAAGCCCUACUCAGUCGCAACCAUAGUCACAGCUCUGUUCAAAACUCAUGAAUCACAGAUUGUCCAAAACUCAACCAUUAAAGAAAUAGGCCUUCUGGCCUGCCUGACAUCACUUGCGGUUGAAGGUCUUGAUAUCUAGUGGGUACUGAUUCAUUGGGAUUCCACAAGCUCACGUCUGUUACGUCCAUCUGGAUUGAUGGAAUCCCAGCUGCAAUCUUAUUUAGAAGAUGUGAUAUUGCCACCCUCCCUAACUGAGCUGAGAAUUGGUGGGUUCCUGAAAUUAAAAUACUUAUUGAUCACUGAUUGUCCAAAUCUCGCAUCAUGUUGAAGCAGCCUGCCAUCCUCAGUUGUGGACUUCACUGCUGAAAAUUGUCAUUUGCCAUAAGAACAGUGCAAAAGAAAUAGAGGAGAAUGGUCCAGGAUAGCCCAUAUCCCUUUCGAUUUUGUAGUUUCUUAUUUAAAUCUCUGGGAUUCUGAUGUGGGAGAGGAGGAAAAAUGAGCUCUAGCUGUUCUCAGAAACAAAGGAUAGGGUGUAGAAUCAAAGAAUUAAUGAUCUCGGGAAACAGUUGAACUCUCAAGUGCAAUCGAUCCAUGUUUGGUUACAAAAUGAGAAUCUAUUAAUGGUGAUAUGAGUUAUCAGAGCCGAUCAAGUCUGCUAACAGCAACAUGCUUACAGUGUGUACAACAAAUACACUUGUUCAUGUCUGUGACUCAUGAGCUUUGUUCAAGGCUGUGCCAGGACAUCAAUGGGAAACAGAAAUUACUAGAGAUUUGUUCAUGCUAAAUGUUACAAUUAGUGAAGAAGGUUUUCCCUAGUCGACAUAUGAGCCACCCUUCUCACAACAGCCAUGAUUAGAAGAGAUAAAAAACUAGAGGGUAAUGGACCCUCGUUAAUUAGAUUUCGGAGUUCCAUUUAUUUGUGUAGCUGUUUCAUCAUACCGAAGGUCAGCAGUCAGGAAAUCGUGCCUCUAAAUUGUUACCUGUGUGUGUACUAAUGUGUGAUUACUCAUGCAUGGGCAAGUAACGACAAUGCCAUGUAGAUCAGUUGCGUUUCAAGGUUUUGCAUCUGUCCAUAAUCGGCGGUGCUCAGAUUGUUCUUUCUCGAACUCCAUUCUUGUAUUUAUAUGCCUAUUCUGAGCUUUUGAUUCAAAUUUGAAUCCUCUGAUCCUUUAGGUCAAUACACAAGAAUGUCAUGUCAAUACCGAGCAAACUUUAGUUUACUAGUUCCAUGUUUGUGUCCAAUGAAGAAUUUUAUCAUCUGUUUGGAGAACUUCUCAUGGCACUAAUCUACAUAGUUAAGAGACCAGUUGUGUUUUGGGUUUAUGUUGAUUUAUACUUUGGUUUGAAGA